AUGAGAAAUGAUGCGUUGGAGCUCUUGCGAUGCUUCUCCGUUCGACGCGCUGCCAUGGCACUGCGAGAAGCUGUCGACCGUCCACGAUGGUUAUGGCUGACAAUCGUGCUGUCCUCGGCGGUCCACGUUAUCGCCGCGCCAAGCGCUAACGAAAGCGCCAGCGUUGAGAGCGAUUCUCCAGCGCCGCGGGUACACGUGGAGGGCAGAGUGGCGGAGUUCGAGGGCGCGCUCAACUACCACGUGCCCUCGCUUUACAGAAACCACCCCGAGCGAUCCGCCCUCAAAAUUCACCCGCUGGACUUCCCCCUGGACCUCACUCAUCUACCCAACAUAAUGAUGGGGUACUUCGAACACCUACCCCACCACCCUCCGCCCUCGGACCCCCAGAGCCCUCUCCUUCUUGCCUGCCACGGCCCGCCCUGCCCCUCCUUUGGCGCCUGCUCGGCCCGCUUCCCCAACGUGCAGGCCUGCUGGAACCCCCACCUGGUUGAUGAACCCGAGGGCAGACCCAUCCCCCCUAUAAACUGCCCCCUUAAGGGCACCAGCGGCGGGAAGAGUGGGAGAGGGGAGUUUGACCCGGAGUGCUCCCAUCGGGAGGACUUCUCACCGCACGGGGGGUCGGCGCUGCAGGUGAUGCGGGUGGAGGACGUGUUUGUGACGGACAACGGCUUUGCUGUCAACCGCUCCCACGUGUUCGUGCGCAAUGGGUGCCGACGGUUCUGGAGAAAGACCAGGUACAAGCGUGGCCACAUGGCGCACUAUGUGCAGGGAGCGGCGUUCAACUGGGCGCACCUCAUGGGCAAGAACUUCUUCCACUUCACCGUUGAGCUCGUGCCGCUCUUUUUCAUCGUCGCGCCCCUCAUGCCCAUGCUCAGAACGCUGCCAGUCAUCCUCAGAAAGCCCCAGUGGCUGUACUAUGACAAGUGGGCGGCGCCUAUCCUGGGCAUACAGCGCGACAACAUGCGCAUGCUGCCCAUCUAUUUCAAUGACCUCAUCCAUGUCGACGUGCUGUACCAGCCCAUAUACCAAGAUUGUGACCGUCCCAGCCCCUCCCUCUGGCAACUACUGCGCCGCCGCCACCUGCUGCACCCCUAUGGCCUCCCCCUCUUCAACCCUGACUGGACCUACCGUCAACACCACGCCCCUCUCUCUGCUGCUGAGGCGCGUUCCUUCCCCCCCGACUGGCUGGUGGUGCUGGCGAGUCGGUCGGAGGGCGGGGCGAGGGCGCUGGUGAACAAGGGCGAGGUGGAGGGGGAGUUGGUGCGGCGGUUCGGGAGGGAGCGAGUGGUGGUGUUUGACGGUUCGAUGCCCAUUCUUCAAGCCCGCUUGCUAUUCCGGCGCACCCGCUUCCUCGUGGGGGUGCACGGAGCAGCGCUCACCAACACCAUAUUCAUGCCUGAGGGGGCUGCGCUGCUUGAGAUGCGCCCUAGGGAUUGUCACAUCACCGUCUUCCACCCACUUGCUGCCGCCUGUUCGAUCGCAUACCAUCUGCUGCUAGCUCAGGGGAAUUGUUCUUCUCCUGCGGUGGUGGAUUUGCCAAGCGUGGCCCGGUGCGCUGCGAGGCUCGUUAGGGAGGAACGCGAGAGGAUGGCGACGAGGGAGGAGGGGGCGGACGAGGGGGAUGAUCCGGCGAGGGGCGGAAGGGCGGAGGAGGUUGGCGGGGCGGCGACAGGAGCGGAGUGCGAGGCGAGGGGGAGGCGCGGCGGGCUGUACCUUCCGCGGAAGGGGACUGCGGCAUACGCGCUGCUGAUAUGCCUCCUCAGGGCGCAGCAGCAAGGACAGGGCAGGAUGAACAAGGAGCAGCUGGUAGCAGCAGUGGAGGGGAGCGGUCUCACGGACACCAACAUGCGCCCAUCCAUUCCGCGUCGGGGUGUGCCGUGCCAGUCCUUCGCCCACGUGGGGCACAACUACUACUGCGGCUGGAGCGCACUCACCACGCUCAGGCAGCAUGCGCUGGUGGACUGGCAGAAAGGACGCCCAUCCCUCUACUCCCUCACUCCGGCAGGGGUGGCAGCAGCUCAGAUGUGCAUGGAGCGGGCAGGGCUGCAGGCAGACCCUCUCGUGCAGCCGUCAGAUGCUCCACCGUCCUCUACCGCUCUGCCACCCUCCACCACCGCUCUGCCAUCCGCCCCUCCACCAGCAGACAUGCCUUCAUUGAAUCCACCCGCUCACCAGGUGAACCUCGGUAAUUUCCCCCCUUUUUCCUCCCUCUCGAUAUGCAUUCAGUUCCUCCCUCCCCUCCCCCCAGCAUCCCCUUCCCCAUGGCUGUUUCCCCCUAUGCCUGAUUUCUCCCAUUCCCUAGCCCACUCUUGCUGCUCUGCAUGUCCCUACCUUCCUCCGUUCUCCCUCGUUCCAUUCUUUGCACAAUCACCUGAAGUCAACGUCAUUCAGGUGGCGCUAGCGAAGUAG